AUGUCCAAGGCAACUACCAUCAAGGAAGCAUUGAAGCGAUGGGAGGAUCGAGAGCAGCAAAAUUCUCUGAAUGCUAAGGACAUUGAUUUGCAGUUUCAGUGGCCACCAAUAGAGAAAAUGGAUAAUACUCUAGGAACGCUUGUUAACUGCGAAAGAAUAAGUAUGUCCACGAAUAUGAUUGAGAAAAUCUUUGGUCUAUCCGGUAUGAAAUGUCUGAAGGUCCUGUCGUUAUCUAGAAAUUAUAUAAAGCAAAUAUCGGGAUUGGAAGCUGUCUCGGAAACUUUGGAGGAACUUUGGCUAAGCUACAAUCUGAUUGAGAAACUAAAAGGUUUGGCUGCACUCAAGUGCCUAAAAGUUCUUUACCUCAGUAACAAUCUGAUCAAGGAUUGGUCAGAGUUUAAUCGACUGGCCGAAAUUGAAUCCCUUGAGGAUUUAGUCGUUGUUGGCAAUCCCUUGUCGGAGGGCCUUGAUGAGCCCACUUGGAGGAGCGAAUGUAUUAAGCGCCUACCCACAAUAAGAAAAUUAGAUGGAGAGCCUGUUCUCAAGGAGGAUCCGAUUUUGUAAAAACUGAACAAAUUCAGAUAAAUAAAACGAUGUGCAAGGAUCAGAGAUAGUAUAAUUUGUAUAGAAGUUCAAUAGAUUUGAAAACCCAAAACUAACAUUUAUUUCUUGC